CAAGCUCUUAAAUCUCCACCUGAAAAUUUACCACUUCGUAUGCGUUGCCACAGGCCGAGUCUUUUCUCAUUUGAACGGAAAUCUCCAUCUUCACUCUUCAGAUCCCACUUCACUUUCCCGGAAAAAAUUCCCCAUCUUUCUCUCAAAUUGCACCACAUUUCUUAUGGCGAAUGCCUGGAAGAAAGAGAACAAACACCCAAAUCUUCUCUCGCCCAAGCCCCUUCUCCUUCUUCUCCUUGCCCUCUCUCUUCUCUGCUUCUUCUUCUUCUUCUUCUUCUCCUCUCGCUCACCAUCAAAUCCCAAUCCCUCUCUCUCUGUCUCAGAAACCAUAUAUCAAACACAAACCACUGUUUACCCAAUCCCUCCCUUCGAUUGCCUAAAAUCCCCGCAAGCCCACCCAGUAGUUGCCAACAUAGUAGAAAAUCUCAAGUACCCAUUUUUAUACUCUCUCUCAGAUUUCGGGUCCUUGCCCGAUAAACCCCACAAGAACAUUGUGAGGUUGUUAAAAGGAAAGCCCUUUAGGAAGCCGGACAUUUCCGUUACAAUUCAGCAACUGUUGGAAGGGAAAAAAGGGCGAGAUGGAUUGGUGGUGGAUGUGGGUGCUAACGUUGGAAUGGCUAGUUUUGCAGCGGCGGUCAUGGGAUUUAAAGUGUUAGCUUUCGAGCCAGUUUUUGAAAAUUUGCAGAGGAUUUGUGAUGGGAUUUGGUUUAAUCGAGUUGGAAACUUAGUUACUGUUUUUGAAGCUGCUGUUUCUGAUCAGAUUGGGAAUAUCACUUUUCAUAAGCUGGUUGGCCGGCUUGACAAUAGUGCAGUUUCAGCCACUGGUGCAAAGCUGGCUUUCAAGUCCAAUGAAGAAAUAGCAGUUCAAGUAAGGACCAUUCCCCUUGAUGAACUGAUUCCAGAGUCAGAGCCUGUGCUUCUACUCAAAAUUGAUGUUCAAGGAUGGGAGUAUCAUGUAUUAAAAGGUGCCUCAAAGUUACUAUCAAGAAAGAAGGGUGAAGCACCAUACCUAAUCUACGAAGAAGAUGAGCGAUUGUUGCAAGCCAGCAACAGCAGCGCCAAAGAAAUCCGUGAUUUCCUUCAAACCGUGGGUUAUCAUCAGUGCACUCAGCAUGGUACAGAUGCUCACUGCUCUAAAGAUUAAUGAAGGUGAUGAAUAACGAAAUCUAACUGCAAGACUUUGUUUCCACACAAUGAUUGAAGGAACUUGGCUGCUUUGCUUCAGUGCAUGAUUUUUUUCGUUCUUGUUUUAAGGAAAGAUAUUUAAGGUAUAAUGAACCGAUGAUACCACUGCUCCAAGAACUCAUGUAAUCUCAGUUGAUGGCGAUUGAUCUUAGCUUUGCUGUUGUUUGAACUGGGUAUGGAAAAAUCAAGCUAUAGAAAGCUAUUCUCCAAUAUGCUGCUUUUGUCAAGCACUCCUAGAAAACAAAAGUUGGUCAACUUGAUAGCCGGUAAUCUGUUCAGGUUAGUCGGGCUUGCAUUUUCAGAGUUCUCAGUUCUAUGUGGUGCUUUGAUGCAUCGAAAUUUCCAAUGUACACAAAAUUAAUGCAUGUUAAAAUUGAAAAUUGUGAUAUCAUCCACUUACAA